AUGUACAAAAAGUUGUUAGUCCCUUGUGGACAAAUAAGGACAUGGGCCGAAUCCUUAUACACAAGCUUAGAUGGAAAAUUUCAAGAACAGUUCGAUUUACAUUUGAAAGAAAUUACUGUUAAAAAACUUUCUGAUUACUUACACAAGCCCGUGGACUCUUCGAGUUUAGCGGUCACAAGGAUUUUAUUUGGUCUUGCGAUGUUAUUCGAUAUCCCAGAUGAGCGAGGAGGUGCUGUAAUGGAAAAACGUUGGGGCGAUCCGAUGAUAUGUCAUUUUCCUCUCGUUCCUAUCGUGAAGGCUAUUCCGAUGCCUUUUAUGACAUUAGUCUACGCAGCACUUUGGCUCGGAGCUUUAGGCAUAACUUUAGGAUACAAGUAUCGUUUGAGUGCAUCAGUAUUCACUUUAUGCUACUGGUAUUUAUUUCUGAUUGAAAAGAGCUACUGGAAUAAUCACAGUUACUUAUUCGGCAUUGUCGCCUUGCUGCUCGCCACGACUGAGGCCAACUGCUAUUGGUCGUUAGACUCGCACAUGGAUAUCUCUCGGGUGAAGCAAACAGUGCCAUAUUGGAAUUACUUUAUUCUGAAAUACCAGUUUUUCAUUUUAUACUUUAUGGCGGGCAUGAAGAAAGGCACGGCGGAAUGGUUGACUGGGUAUUCCGUGCAGAAUCUUAGUGAGCACUGGGUAUUUAGCCCCUUCAAAUUAUUUCUUACCGUCCCUCAAACCGACUAUCUAAUAGUACAUUGGUUCGUUUUCGCUUUCGACAUAAGCGUGGCGAUCUGGAUGAUGUGGUCUCGAACUCGUCAUGUAGCUAUGGUCUUCUGCGCUCUCUUCCACCUAAUGAACAGCAGGCUCUUUAGAAUAGGCAUGUUUCCGUGGGUGUGUUUAGCAACGAUGCCGUUGUUUUAUUCGUUUGACUGGCCAAAAACUAUUAUGUGCUAUGCGGAAAAACCUUUAUCGAAAGUAAAAGGAGGAAUUUGUAAAUAUCUGCACAAGUUCAAACUUCAUACAACAACCGGUCGUAAAAGUAAUGCUACUGCUGAGAUAACAAAAGAUUAUGAUAAUAAACAGGAACAUAUUGAUGAUAAAAUCAAUGAACUGAAUGUCGAUGAUUUAGAAGAAAAAUUAGGUAAUGAAAAAAUACCUGCUAAAGAUGAAAAAGUUUUCAAAGACAAUGAAAUAUCCGAUGUUAAAAACGACUUGGCCAAUACAUCUGAAGAAGAUGGUAAUCGGCGGAAAUAUAUUACAUUUGUAUUUGUAGUAUUACAUGUGCUGUCUCAAGCAUUCCUGCCAUAUUCGCAUUUUAUCACAAAGGGUUAUAACAAUUGGACGAAUGGGCUAUACGGUUAUUCUUGGGAUAUGAUGGUCCAUACAUGGGAAAUUGAAUCAGUUAUUGUCAAAGUCGUGGAUAAUGAAAACAAAGAAGAGUUUUAUGUUGACCCUUACAUUUACUCCCCUAACGACAGAUGGACAAGACAUGGUGAUAUGGUAUACCAAUAUGCCAGGUGUUUGAAAGACAAUUUAUUAAAGCAAUUCGUCCGAAACGAAGAUUCAAGUCGUAGGAAGGUUAUUUCUAAAAAUAUUUCGAUUUAUGUCGAUGUUUGGUGUUCGAUGAAUGGCAGAUUCACGCAACGCAUGUUUGAUUCUAAAACGGAUUUGUUGAAUAUAUCUUGGUCUCCAUUUGAGCCGAUAUCAUACCUCAUGCCGCUACUCGAUGAAGCAUUACCUUGGAGAAGUCUAUUAUAUGAAAUUAAGGAAGGCGUCCAUACAUGGAACAACUACAGUGAUGUGACGUUUAUUGCUGAUUUUCCGGAUUAUUAUCAAGAAAAGUUUAUUCCAAUCGAGCUAACGAAUGUUACGAUGACUAUAUUAAAAGGAAUGGUGUCAUUUGAACCCGAAGUAAAAAAGUUUUCACAAGGACAAUCUUUUAAGCUAGACAAAGGAAACCGUGUCAAGCUGGAUCCUGGAACGUUCCAUAGAGUUCUAACUAUCGGGACCGAACCAGCAUUUUAUAUGUAUACGUUUGCUAAUAGAUCAGAAUCAAACUUUAAAGAUUCAGCGUCUAAUCCGAAACUGCCUGUCGGGCAUGAAUUGAUGAGACGCUUUAAUAAUAUGAUUAAAUUUGCAAACAUUGUCAUCUCAAACAUAUACCUUAUGUUUUUUCAACGGUGUCAAUAA